GCUCAUUAUCCUUGGUGAUUUUAUUAUUGGCUGCGUCUCGUGCCGAGUUAACGACGUGGCGGUAUAGUGCACGGUGAGACUGGCUCCUACGUCCUCCGAGCUGACAUGCGGCUCACGAUCGCCGAUCGCCUUUUUGAGAUUCGAUCCGUUAUACUAUGGCAUAGUUCAUGCUGAGGGGACCGUAAGUCGUUUUUCGAACUGCAAUUAAAAGACUCGAGGUGAGAGAUGAAGAAAGGUCUGCGUCAGGAACAAGCGAGAAAAGAUGAUACAGAGGCGAAGGACGAUGCGAAGGAUAUUCAGGAGAAGAUGAAGAAGGUGGACAUGAAAUCUUCCUCGUCUGCCACCAGUGUUCUGGCGAAGAAGGCGGUAUUGUUGCCCAGUGGAGUUGCUAGAGUGAAGCAAUUCCAUGAGGCCAGGGCAGUUAGUCAAAUGGGAUCGUCGUCAUCAGGCUCAGCUACCGGUAAUCCUCGAAAUAAAACAGCGUUAGCACCAGGCCACAGUUUGAUGGAUUGGAUUCGUCUGGGAAAUUCUGGCGUCGAUUUGACCGGCGUCGGUGGCGUCUCUCGAGUUGUAACCUUGUCAGAAUUGGCCAGUCAUAAUAAGCAAAAUGACGCUUGGAUCGCGAUUCGAGGAAUCGUGUUCAACGUGACGCGUUACAUGGACUUCCAUCCAGGCGGUAUCAGCGAGUUGAUGAGAGGCGUCGGUAAAGAUGCCACGAAGCUCUUCGAAAGCGUGCACGCUUGGGUCAACUAUCAGAGUAUCCUUCAGAAAUGCGUGGUUGGAAGGCUGAGCCGUGGCUCUGUGAGCGGUACCACGUCCUCGCCGACAGAAAACGCCGUCUCGAGCACGACCAAUUGUUCCUCAGCGACGUUGAACCUGAUAACAAGUUGCACGAUUCAUAACGCCAGCCAGGAGAGCGUCUCGGACAGUGGUAUAUCCAGCACAAAGAUGGACUGGAGGCAGACAACAAACUCAAUCACACUGUUCUAUCAAACUUUGCGCGAUUAUCCAGGAGUCUGUUACCAAUUAUGCAGGCUACAAGACUCGAAAUUACUGUUCAAACUGUUUUUCGAGAAGGAUAUAAUAGUUCACGAGUUAGAAAUGGCUGCAGACGUAGAAUGGCCGCCUGUUUGCAGCAGAAACUUCGACACGAUGGAGGUCGAUUUCACGUUCACGAAGAAGAAGAAGGAGAUAUGGAAGUCUCAGGGUACCCAAACGGUAUCCAGAGAGACGAAUAGGAACAGUCGAACGUACAAAGAGUACGAAGUACUUACGAAUAAAUCGCUUUCUAAGUUAGUUCACCUGUUAGUCGUCCGAGCGAAAGAUUUCAUGGAGUUGGUACCAAUUGGCAGGCACGUAGAGGCCAAAAUGAACGUCAUGGGAAUGGAAGUAUCAAGAUCGUACACGCCAGUCCCACCGUGCCUUCAUCCCGACGACACGGCGCCAAAUUACAAAUCAGACUGCCUCUGUCUGAUGAUCAAGAAGUACCAAAAUGGCGCGCUCAGUCCGUCCAUAACCGCCCUUCAGAUCGGCCAGACCUUCUCCUUGAGCAAUGCUUUAGGUGCCUUCGUAGUAGAAUCCUUCGAUCGUUACACGGUCGUUCACAUGCUCGCGGGUGGCACAGGGUUAACAGCGAUGCUUGGCAUCGUUCAACGAGCCUUGGCUAGGCGCACUGUGAAGAUCAUAAAUCUACUUAAUUUCAACAAGGACGAAGACAACAUGUUCUACGUGGCGCAGCUUGAGAAAGUCAGCGCGGACAAAAAAUUGAAAGUUACACAUAUCCUCUCGCAGCCAGGAAGCACGUGGACAGGUAGACGUGGCACACUAUCAGACGAUUUACUAAAAGAAUUAAUCGCGGAGAGUGCUCCAGACGCGUGUGUUUUCACGUGUGGGACCGCUGGAUUCAUACAAUCCGCGAAAAAAUCUCUUCAGAAACUCGACUGGAAGCCCUACCAGAUGUACGAUUUCGACGAUUAGCCAGUAUUCAUCGAAAGUGUGUCCUCGUUUUUGAUACCAGCAUCGGCGUGGAACGCGUGGAAAACGCUGAUAGUUAAGUUUUCAUUCGUGGAAACGAUCACACGUGUCGUGCUAUCGAAUUUUUAAACAGCCUUUUGGAUACUUUUACUCCUAUUUCCGCCCACAGUCUCAGUGUUGUGCGUGCGUGCUGCA